GCGACGAGCACUGCACGGUGGUCGGAGGAAGGCGAUGAUGAAGAAGUGCCCGUCGGAGCUGCAGCUGGAGGCGUUCAUCCGGGAGGAGGCCGGCGCCGGCGACCGCAAGCCCGGCGUGUUAUCUCCCGGCGACGGCGCGCGUAAGUCCGGCCUGUUCUCUCCCGGCGACGGCGAGAUGUCCGUGUUGGAUCAGAGUACACUGGACGGAAGCGGCGGCGGCCACCAGCUGUGGUGGCCGGAGAGCGUCCGUACGCCGCCGCGCGCCGCCGCCGCCUUCUCGGCCACGGCCGACGAGCGGACGCCGGCGUCCAUCUCCGAUGACCCCAAACCAACCACCUCAGCGAACCACGCGCCUGAAAGCGACUCGGACUCCGAUUGCGAUUCGCUGUUAGAAGCAGAGAGGAGUCCACGCCUGCGUGGCACGAAAUCCACAGAAACAAAGCGAAUAAGAAGGAUGGUGUCCAACAGGGAGUCCGCUCGACGAUCCAGGAGGAGAAAGCAGGCACAGUUAUCUGAACUCGAAUCACAGGUCGAGCAACUCAAAGGCGAAAACUCAUCCCUCUUCAAGCAGCUCACAGAGUCCAGCCAGCAGUUCAAUACAGCGGUCACGGACAACAGGAUCCUCAAAUCGGAUGUAGAGGCCUUAAGAGUCAAGGUCAAGAUGGCUGAAGACAUGGUCGCGAGGGCCGCGAUGUCGUGUGGCCUGGGCCAGCUCGGGCUGGCGCCAUUGCUCAGCUCCAGGAAGAUGUGCCAAGCUUUGGAUAUGCUCAGUUUACCACGGAACGAUGCCUGUGGUUUCAAAGGCUUGAACCUGGGUCGACAGGUUCAGAACUCACCGGUUCAAAGCGCUGCAAGCCUAGAGAGCCUGGACAACCGGAUAUCCAGCGAGGUGACCAGCUGCUCGGCUGAUGUGUGGCCUUAAGACACUUCAUCCGUGUUCGAGAGAGCUUGAGAUUCUAAGAAGCAGCCGGUGAGAAUCUGAAAAGGCUAGUUGUUCAGUUUCCUAUUUUUAGUUUAUGUUUGAAUUCUCUGGCUACUAAUGCUCAAAAUCUGGGAGAGAAUCUAAAUCGUUUGGGACAGAUAAAAAAUUAUGCGAGAAGGUGUAGCUGACAGAAACCUUCCCAAACAAAUCUCCAUCAGAACCUAUAUGUAAAGUAAUACGGUAUCCUCUGUUACUAGGUGCAUGUGCAUAACUGACAAGCUGCUAAGUACUAGGUACUACAGUCUGAGGCAAGUAUUUCUGGUGUUUUGGUGCUGAAGAACUAUGUUUUAGUGCGUUUGAUCUGCGGCAAUCAAGGCCAUCUGAUCGAAAUUUGAUUGGUAUAAAUCUGAUCGAAAUUUGAUUGGUAUAAGUAUAAUAGUUUGAUUUUGAUCACCUCUAGUCGUCAGCGCCUUUGGUGUAUACGCUCUGUAACAUCUGUUACGAAUUGAUCUGUUCAGUAUACUUCAACAGUCCUGCAUUGGUUCAGUUCUUGGCGUAGCUCUGGUGCUUCUGGUGCGCAUAGCAUCGGUGUGAAAUGUGCCACUUUUCAUGGCAGUUGUAAUAGUAAACGACUGCAAAAUUACGGUGUACUAUAAUUCCUAAA